AUGCCAUUCUCUCACCACAGCCACUCAGGCCAAUUCUGCCCAGGCCAUGCGCAGAACUCGCUGGAAGAUGUGAUCCAAACGGCCAUCAGUAAAAAGAUGCAAGUCUUCUGCCUGACUGAACACAUGCCCCGCCAUAAAGAAGAUUUCUACCCAGAAGAAAAUGAGUCCGGAAGCACAGAAGAAAGCCAUGCAGAAAAUGAAGCCGCAUACUGGAAAGAAGCAGUUCGGCUGCGCGAAAAAUAUGCCUCCCAGAUCAAGAUCAUUAUCGGGUUUGAGAUCGAUUGGAUCAGACCCGCCUCUAGAGAUCUGAUUGAACGCUCUCUUGCUCGGUUCCCAUUUGAAUUCUUCAUCGGGUCUGUUCAUCACAUGCAUACUGUGCCGAUUGACUAUGAUCGGCCGAUGUAUGAGCAGGCGAGAGAGUUAGCUGGUGGGACUGAUGAGCGCUUGUUUGAGGAUUACUUCGAUGCGCAACUUGAUAUGUUGCAGCAGUUGCAGCCGCUUGUUGUUGGUCACUUUGAUUUGAUCAGGCUAAAAAGUGAUGAUAUGGAGGGCAGCUUUACGCAGUGGCCUGGUGUUUGGAGCAAAAUUUUACGGAACUUGGAUCUGAUCGCUUCUUAUGGUGGUAUGCUGGAGAUUAAUUCGGCUGCUUUGCGAAAAGGGAUGAGUGAGCCUUAUCCUAAGGCUGAGAUUUGCAAGGAAUUUGUGGCACGGGGCGGCCGCUUUGUUCUAUCUGAUGAUAGUCAUGGCGUUGAUCAAGUGGCUUUGAACUUCCCUCGCGUAUUAGAGUUCCUGGGCCGCGCUGGUAUCUCCGAACUUCAUUACCUACAGUUGGGAAAUCCGUCGGUGACUUCCAUUGUGCCCGAUGCUCGUUUCCCCCUAACACAGGUCGCGUCUAUUUCGGUGGAGGAAUUGGGCAAGAUGGAAUUUUGGUCAUAG